AUGUCUCCAUCUACCCGGAUCUCUGCCUUCUUUGGUACUGUGGCCACCUUUCUCUGUCUCAACAAGGCCAGCGAGAUUACGGACACACAAAUCAUUCAAAAUCAGGCCAAAGUCGAGACCCAGCCGGUCGGCAUCAAGAUCGAAUGCCCCGCGUUCAAGGUCGCGCCACACAUCGCAGAGUCCGUUGUCCUCGACAGGGGCAAAUACAGCAUCCCUUGCCCAUUACAGGCCAAGCUUCUCCCAAUCAAAACACGAGCCGACAAGAAGAGGUCGAAAACCAAUGUCUUCACUCUCUUUGACCGGACGGACAAUAAGACCACCAGGUCCCAGUCCACACCCGCAAUCUCUGUCGAUUCAUUUACCCUUCGGACGGCAGUCGACUCAGUCUCCUCCCGAGGAUAUCCCGAAUCGAUAAACUCUCUGCGUACUGUCGCUAACCCGGUCAGGCCCUUUGUGUCUAAACGACAAUCGACGCCAUUCUCCUUCGCCCGUGCCAAGGAGACCUCACUCGAAGGUGCAAAAGAGUAUCUCGAAUACCCGGCGGACAUUUUGCGCAAUGAAUAUGACGGCUUCGACCACUACAAUGCACCCUGCCGGGGCUUCGAGCAUGCCCCGAUCUCGGAAGGUCAAUGGCUAUGCGGAUCCAAUAUCCCCUCGCCCGAUCUCCCCCAUACCCCCAUACCGCCUCGUAACAGCUAUAUACCCCCUCCUGCUUUGAAUUAUGGUCCGAACACCUAUAACCCAUGUCUGUACGACGUCGGCCACGCUCGUGCCUGCGCCGACGCCACCUAUGGCCAUCUUCAAUCCACUUGUCCCGGCCUGACCACUAUCGCCGCCAACGAAAGACUUCUCAAGAUCAACGGCUCUUGGUAUAUCGUUACCUCCAUACCUUUGGUCCCCGGUCAUUAUCUCUAUACCAGACAAACCUUGUGGACUCCGGAUAUCCCGGCAUUCCCGCAUGGGCAUGAGGUGAAGAGGUGCCGGACGGAUGGGGAGAGCUUUUUCGGAUUGUCGCCGGAAGUGAUGGGUGGGGGUCAGUGCGGCGAGAACGAUAAUUGCGAGUUCGCGGUGAAGCGGCAUGGUCUGUGGCACGUCGUAACGAUGGAUCCGACACAUGCGGAUGUCAACGAGAGAAGAUCGGGUUUGUUGGAGAUGGUGUCGGAGUGGACGAAGGAAGAGACGAACGAACUCGACAAGGAGGCAUUCGAGGUGUUUGGCGGGGGAGAGUGCAGAGCCAAAGUAAACGAGAUAGACAGAGAGGCGAUGGUGGCCUCGAAGACUUGGUUGAGGACCGUGUUCUAG